CUUUGGCUGUCACCAAUUUGGUCUUUCCACACCCAGCUGGGGCAAGCCUGACCCUGCCACAGGCAUGAGGGGUCCCCGGCCGAGAUGACAGUGCUGGUACCAGCCUGGAGUCCAAAUUCCUCCCUGCUGCUGCUGCUGUUGCUGCUGAGUCCUUGUCUGCGGGGGACACCUGACUGCUACUUCAGCCACAGUCCUAUCUCUUCCAACUUCCACUUGAGGAUCAGCAAGCUGACUGACUACUUGCUUAAAGAUUACCCAGUCACUGUGGCCAUCAACCUUCAGGACGAGAAACACUGCAAGGCCUUGUGGAGCCUCUUCCUGGCCCAGCGCUGGAUGGAGCAACUGAAGACUGUGGCAGGGUCUGAAAUGCAAACACUCCUGGAGGCUGUCAACACGGAGAUACAUUUUGUCACCUCAUGUGCCUUCCGGCCUCUACCAGAAUGUCUUCGCUUCGUCCAGACCAACAUCUCCCACCUCCUGCAGGACACCUGCACGCAGCUGUUGGCUCUGAAGCCCUGCAUGGGGAAGGCCUGCCAGAAUUUUUCUCGGUGUCUAGAGGUGCAGUGCCAGCCAGGUAGCAGCAGCGCUGGAGCCCAGCACCCCCAGUGCCACCUGGCUUGCUUACUGUGUGUCCUUGAGGCUUCUGCUUCCACUAGCUGGAACUUGAAACAAGAGUCUUCUACCCUGCUACCCCCAAAGAAUCCUGUAGCCCUAGAAGCCACUGGGCGUCCAGAGCCUCCGUCCAGUCAUCUGUUUUUCCUGCUGCUGCUGGUGCCUCUCACACUCAUUUUGCUGGCAACUGCCUGGUACCUUCACUGUCAGAGGGCAAAAUGGAGGGCAAUGCUCCACCCUGGGGUGCCCCUCACCUCCCAUCCCUAGAAUAUGAAACUUGUGCAGCGUUGACUCCGCCAAGGUCUUAUCUCGAGUUGGGAACCAAACAAGGAAAAAGCUAGGCAAAUACUGUGUUACUGAACUCCAUGCCCUGCCAGAGGACACAAUGUCCAGGCACGGUGACGAACAUUCCAGUACUUCUGAGCUGGCGAUGCUGAAACUGGAAGAUACUGACUUUAAGAAAAGCAAAAAAGAGCCGGGCGGUGGUGGCGCACGCCUUUAAUCCCAGCACUCGGGAGGCAGAGGCAGGCGGAUCUCUGUGAGUUCGAGGCCAGCCUGGUCUACAAGAGCU